AUGAGGGAGGAUACACCGGAUUUGCGCGAAGAAGAAGAGGGAAUAGCGGACCCGCCACUGAGCAUCUUCUCUAUUCUCACCUUCUCAUGGGUAAUUCCCCCACCAUCCUUCCUCCCACCCCCUGUUUACUACCAGCCCCACAACGCCCCACCCCUUUUUCUUCCUUCGCCCACCCCGCCCUCGUCCCCGGCGCCCUCCGCCAAACCACCCUCACUCAGUCGCAAAUGGUUUUCACUCUCCCCCCUGAUGGCGCAGGGCGUGCGCCGGGUACUGGGCCCCAGCGACCUUUACCCCCUACCUUCCGCCUUCUCCGCGCAUCACCUGGGGGCGCAGCUCAGCGCGCUCUGGACAAAGCGCAAUCCGCCCCCGGAGCGGCAGCAGAAGGGGGGGAUGGGCGCGGAGAAACGAGGGGGAAGCGGAGGGGGAUGGGCGAUGCGGUACUGGGCGGACGCGCAGAACCCCAAAACGGCGGACCCUGCGUGGCGGGGGUAUGUGCUGGCGGGGCUGAUGGGGCUGCUGUCGCUGGCCUUCGCGCUGCUGCACCAUCAGAUGUGGAACCUUGCGCAAAUCAUGGGUCAACAGCAAGCUGCUAUCGCGGACAAGCUGCUGUCACUCAACGGCGGUGCACUGAGCCGCAUCACCACAGGGCAGUGCAUAACGCUCAUGUCCAACGACGUGCGGCGCUUGGACGAGCUCCCCAUGUUCAUUCACUUCCUCUGGGCGGCACUUCUCGAGCUGGCAGUGGUGGCGGCGCUCAUAGUGCUGGAAGUGGGCGCCCCUCUGGAGCUGGCAGUGGUGGCGGCGCUCAUAGUGCGGGAGGUGGGCGUUCAGCCUGCUUUUGCCGGCAUUGCUGCGCUCCUUGUGCAGAUUCCACUGCAGGCCCUGUUUGGGCACUUGUUUGCCAAGCAGCGGCGCAGAACAGCCGAGUUCACGGACGCCAGGGUGAAGAUGACCGGCGAGGUUUGGGUGACCAGCGAGGCGCUCAUCGCGAGGGAAGAAGGCAAGGAGGGGAAGGGGAUCUGGUUUCUUUUCGUAGGAUCAAAGUUCACAGAAGCCCAGAAACAUUUUCAGAUCCCUCCUCCCUCUCCUCUUCUGCCCCUCCUCCCUCUCCUCUUCUUCCCCUCCUCCCUCUCCUCUUCUGCCGCUCCUCCCUCUCCUCUCCUUCCGCUCCUCCCUCUCCUCUUCUCCCACUCCUCGUGGCACUUGCCCCUGCCACACCCACACCCUCGCCCAAUGCCGUGCAUUAUCCCGGCAGGUGCUGUCAGGCAUUGUGGCAGUGAAGAUGUUCGCGUGGGAGGCGCCUUUCACCCGCUUCAUUCAGCGAAUUCGCAAGCAAGAGUGCAGCAAGUAAGAGGGCAGGAAAUAGUUCUCCCCGUCUCCUCCCCACCCUCCCCCUGUCCUCACCCCUCCUACCCCCAUCCCCCCCUCCCUCCCAACACCAACAUCAUGAAGGCGUUCAACGAGGCCUCCUACUUCUCGUCAGCCUCCAUGGUCGCGUUCUUCAUCUUCACCACCUACACUCUGCAGGGGGGCCACCUGCGCCUCUCCACCGUCUUCUACAUCAUCUCACUGGUGCAGCUGCCGCGGCUGUGGAUGUGUGUGUUCCUCCCAAGGGGCAUCGAGCGAGUGGCGGAGGCUGCCGUUAGCUUCGCCAGGCUGGAGGCAUUCAUGCGGGUGAGAGGCAGGGCGUGGGUGAGUUGGGCAUGGCAUGGGUGGAAGGGCAUGGGUGGAAGGGCAUGGGUGGAAGGACAUGGGUGGAAGGGCAUGGGUGCAAGGGCAUGGGUGCAAGGGCAUGGGUGCAAGGGCAUGGGUGCAAGGGCAUGGGUGCAAGGGCAUAAGUUCAAGGGAAAGGGCGUGUGGGCAGGGCCAAGGGCAGUGGGUGCUGCAGGGAGGGAGGCGGCAGCUGGCAAGGGGAUGAGCAAGGAGCCAUGCACGGAUGACAGUAGUGGCAGUGGUAGGGGGGAUGUGAAGGGGGAUUUGAAGGGGGAGAUGAAAGGGGAGAUGAAUGGGGAGAUGAAAGGGGAGAUGAAUGGGGAGAUGAAUGGGGAGAUGAAAGGGGAGAUGGAGGAGGAGCAGGAGUGGGAGGAGGAGGAGGAGGAGGAGGAGGAGGAGGAGGAGGAGGAGGAGGAGGAGGAGGAGGAGGAGGAGGAGGAGGAGGAGGAGGUGGUACCGGUGGAGGGUGUGAGCUUCAGUUUGGGAGAGGACGAGCUGCUGGGCGUCACAGGGAAGGUGGGAGCGGGCAAGUCGACGCUGUUGGCGGGUAUACUGGGCGAUGCAGAGCUGCUGAAGGGAGAGCUGGUGUGUCAAGCGGACAAGAUAGCAUAUGCGGCACAGAAGCCGUUCAUCAUGGCCGGAUCACUGAAGGACAACAUCAUCUUCGGCCGUCCAUUCCAAGCAGAGCUCUACAAUCAGGUGCUCGACGCGUGUGCGCUGCGCCAGGACAUCGCCAGCUGGCCCCGGCGCGACCUCACAGAGAUUGGCGAGCGCGGGGUGAACCUGAGCGGCGGGCAGAGGGCGAGAGUGGGGCUGGCGCGCGCCGCAUACGCCACCGAUGCAGCGCUCCUGCUGCUGGACGACCCGCUCUCCGCUGUGGACCCGGCUGUGGGGCGGCACCUGUUUGAGCGGUGCAUUCGCGGGGUGAUGCGCGGGCGGCCAAGGAUUCUCGUCACUCACCAGCUGCAGUACCUGCCAAGGCCCCCUUUCCCUUCCCCUUCUGCUCUUCCUCCAAACCCCGAAACCCUCUCCCGCUUCUGCUCUCCUCCCGAAUCCCCCAACCCCCUUUUCUCUCCACCCAACCCCCUCAAACCCAACCUUUCCCAUCCCCCGCUCCCCCAGCUGGGCUGCUGGGCGGGGAUGCGGUCGAGGGGGGUGAGGCGGAAGGGGAGGUCGUGGGCGCAGGAGAGAAGGCUGUUGGUGGUGCAGAAGGGGGAGAGGGAGGAGGAGGAGGAGGAGGAGGAGGAGGAGGAGGAGGAGGAGGAGGAGGAGGAGGAGGAGGAAGAGGAGGAGGAGGAGGAGGAGGAGGAGGAGGAGGAGGAGGAGGAGGAGGAGGGGAGCAGGAACGAGCAACCAAGGGAGACAGAGGGGGCGGACCGUGGCGGAGAGGGGGAGGAGGUGGGUGGAGAGGCAGGGGCAGGAGGGGAUGGGAAGGGGGGGAAAUGCAGUGAAGUGGCAGAGGAGGAUGGAGUCGGACAAGGGUUGGUGCAGAAGGAACGGAGGGAGGAGGGGAUGGUGAGUCCGGGCGUGUACGUUGGAUAUGCCAGGAGGGUGGGCGUGUGGCAGUCGCUUCUGCUCUUCCUCCUCCUCGCCAUUGGUCAAUCCCUCGCCUGUGCUAGCGACUGGUUCCUCGCCUUUUGGUCACAGAAGCAGCACCAGUCCGGCCUGUACCGCCGCAUCUACACCACACUUGUGCUCACCGGAGUUGCCGUCUCCUUCCUCCGUGCGGCCCUCUCCUUCCACUGGUGCGUGCGCGCCGCCUCGCGCGUCCACACCGCCAUGCUGGCCCGCGUGCUCGCCUCGCCGCUCGCCUUCUUUCACGCCAACCCCAUGGGCCGCAUCCUCAACCGCUUCUCCGCCGAUCAGGGCAUUCUCGACGACCUCCUGCCGUUCACUCUCUUCAACUACUUGCAGGUGCGUACGCCAUAUGAUGUGGACUUCGGGGGCGGGGUGCUGUGUGGGUGUAACGACUUAAAAACCCUCAGUGUGGCAGUGGGCGCCAUGGCGAUGGUGGCGCUGGGCUUGCCGUGGAUGCUCGUGCCCAUGGCGCUGCUCUGCCUGCUCUUCCUGCGCCUGCGCCACAUCUUCCUCUGCACCUCCCGCGAGGCCAAGCGCCUCGAGGCCAUCACUCGCAGCCCUGUGUAUGCGCACUAUGCCGCCACCAUCCAGGUCCUGCCAGCCAUCAGGGCGUUCGCCCGUGCCUUCUACUGCUGGCUUGCGGCCUCGCACGGCCUGGCAACAAUAAGAGCAUUCGGAGCGCAGCAGCAGACAAGCGCCGUCUUCCACCGCCUGCUGGACGCCAACGGCCGCGCCUUCUACUGCUGGCUCGCCGCCUCGCACUGGCUGGCUGUGCGCCUCGACGCCCUUGUCUCACUCGUCAUGCUCCUCGUUGCCGCCCUCGCCGUGGCGCUCAGAACGGCCUUGCCGCCCAGCCUGGUGGCGCUGGCACUGAGCUAUGCGCUGCAGAUGUCGGGGUCGCUGCAGUGGGCCGUGAGGCAAGGGGCGGAGGUGGAAAACAUGUUUACAGGCGUCGAGCGGGCACUGGAGUACACACACUUACCGCAGGAGGAGGGGCCUGAGGAGGGGCAGAGGGAGGGGGGAGCAGGGGAACGGGGAGGAGGAAAAACGGGCAGCAAGAGGAAAUGGAAAAGGGGCUUUUGCAUGGUGGGCGAGGAGCAGAGGGAGGAGGAAAGCGAGCAGGGGAGCGGGGAAGAGCAGGUGGAGGAGCAGGUGCCAGCUGGGUGGCCGAGAGAAGGGGCAGUGAGGGUGGAGGGGUUGACAGUGCGGUAUAGGCCCACUCUGGACCCUGUGUUGCAGGAUGUGAGCUUUCAGCUGCGCGGAGGGGAGAAGUGCGGUGUUGUGGGGCGAACCGGCGCAGGCAAGUCAACGCUCAUGCUGGCCCUGCUCCGCAUCGUGCAGCCGUGCAGCGGGCGCAUCCUCAUAGACGGCCUCAACACCGCCACCAUACCUCUCACUCCCCUGCGCAGAAACGUCACAGCGAUACCUCAGGAUCCUGUUCUCUUUGGCAGCUCUCUCCGGUUCAACCUUGACCCAUUCAACCAGCACCCGGAUGCGGCGCUAUGGGAGGCGCUGGGCGCAGUGCAGCUGAAGGGGAAGGCGGGCGCGCUGCAGAGCGGGCUGGAGGCGAGCAUGAGCGAGUUCGGAGAGAACUUCUCCGUGGGGCAGCGCCAGCUCCUGUGCCUCGCACGUGCCGUGCUGCACGGCAGUCGCAUUGUGCUGAUGGAUGAGGCAACGGCCAACGUGGACCGGGCGACAGACGCGGCCAUCCAGAGCACCAUCCGCCGCCACUUUGCGGCCAGCACGGUCAUCACCAUCGCCCACCGCCUGCACACCAUUGUCCACGCGCACAAUGUGCUUGUGCUGGAGCAGGGCCGGGUGGUGCAGUUUGGAUGGCCACAGCAGCUGGCGGAAGACAGAGAGGGCCCUUUCUCCCGCAUGCUCUCCCACACUGGCCAGUCUGCAGAGGCCUCUCUGCGCUCCGCACUUGCCAGAGAUGGCUUGAUGCAAGACGCUUCACUAAGAGAUGCCUCGCUACAAGAAGCAUCCCCGGGAGAGGUUUUGGAAAGAGAGGAGGGGGCACAAGGGGAGGCUGUGAGUAUUGAUUUGUUGCAUUUGGAGGUUGAUGGUUUCCUUGGUGGGGAGUCAGCUGCUGAUGGUAGUGCCGGUGAGGGUGGUUUGCCUGAUGCUGGUAGUACUGAGGAAGAUAUUGCAUGGAUACACGGCCGAGCGUUGCAAGAGCUGAUUCCUGAAAGCCAUACUCAAGAGCCAUUUUGA